AGGCGCCUAGAAAAGGAGGCGCGGGCCGGGAAGGGCAUGGAGGAGAGCCUCAAGGAGAAGAGCCGGGAGGGCUUGCUGGACAGCCCCGACUCCGGGCUGCCCCCCAGCCCCAGCCCCAGCCCGCCCUUCUACUCGCUGGCGCCCGGCAUCCUCGACGCGCGCGCGGGGGGCGCCAGCGCCUCCUCGGAGCCCCCGGGACCCGGCGAGGCCAGAGCGCCCCCUGCCCUCCCCCUGAAUUCUCCAGCGCUUGAGAUGAGGCCCCGGAUGCUGCCUGUGUUCUUUGGGGAGGGCAUCGAGGUGCACCCGGAGUCCACGCACGAGAUCCGCUGCAACUCGGAGGUCAAGUACGCCUCGGAGAAGCACUUCCGGGACAAUGUCUUCUAUGCGCCGGUGCCCACGGUCACGGCCUACAGCGAGACGAUCGUGGCGGCGCCCAACUGCACGUGGCGCAGCUACCGCAGCCAGCUGACCCUGGAGCCGCGGCCCCGGGCCCUGCGCUUCCGCAGCACCACCAUCAUCUUCCCCAAGCACGCCAGGAGCACUUUCCGGACCACCCUGCACUGCAGCCUGGGCCGGCCCAGCCGCUGGUUCACGGCCAGCGUGCAGCUCCAGCUGUGCGAGCACCCCCGGCUCCUGGGGCCCGCGGCGGCACUCUGACGGGCGAGCCGGCCCCCCCCACCACCAGCGACCUUGGGGGGUUACCCAAGGAUGAACUCCACAGCUCAGCCUGGAGCCGGGGUGCGAGGGAGCUGGGGGAGGCCCGUUCCAGCGCCGUGGACUCCAUUAACACGUCUCUUAUUAGCACGUAAACAGGGGAGGCCGCGCAGGCAUGGCCCCCUUGAAGACACAGUGGGGGGUGCCCCCCCAGGGGCCCGGCUGGAGAGAGGAAGGUGGGCGUUGGUGGUGCGGCCUUGGCACCCAGAACAUUGUUGGCCGGUAGGGCCGCUGCGGCUCCUUGAUACCGGCCACCUGGUCUGUCCGGGGCUGGUGGCCUGACUCCCGAGCCAUGUGCGCGUGAAGAGGGGUGCCAUCCAGACUCCCACGCUCCUGGGAAGAAAUGUCUCCCAAGUGGGCCCUUUACCUGAGCGCUGCGAAGCUAGAGGCCCAGACCGAGCGACCUCUGGUGGCUGUUGAGCCGGGAGGUGAGGCAGAGGCUGUAGAAGCCGGGGCUCCUCCUGGUCAAGGCCUUGCCAGAGCGGCUCCCGGGUACUAUGGCUUCAGGGACGAAGGUUUGGGGCGCAGCCCGCCUAAACAGAGGCCUUUGAGCUCUGUAGCCGGAGCCUUCCCGCCAGGGCAACCCCAGCAGGAGCAGGACUCUCAGCCUGGAGCCUUCCUGCCGGGUGCCAAGGGAGGCCAUCGAAGCUCUCCGAACGUCUGCCAUCCCCUGCGUGGGGGUCCAGGCUCAGCCGUUGGCUUAAAGAGAUCCCAUGGGGGUUUCUGCCUGCGGUGAUACCGCGCAGGCCACAGGGGGGACGCCAGGAUGCACCCGGGGCUGGGGGCCACGGUCUGGUGCCCCCAGUGUGGUCUGAAUGGACCUGGCGGGUAGGGGGCUGUCCUGCCACUCUCUUGGUCACCCCUCCCGUGAUGGGGGUGGGGCAGAAGGGCUCCCUGGGCCUGGAGCCCCACAUUGGGUGGGAGAAGCAAGUCUGAGCUCACAUCCAGGAGAGGCCAAGUGCUUGAUGUAUUUUUAUGUAUCUACCCAGACGGAGCGUGCUCGCGCCACAGUCUGAUUAACAAAGAAAUAACUUAAGAACUUGACCAAUUAUCCUAAUAAAAUGUGCAAACCCAAA